CUGAUUUAGUUGACAUGCAAACAUAUUAAAUAUCACACAUUCUUUUCCAACUCUUCUUAAACAGAAUUAAAUUUGGUACUUUCAGAGUAUGGUCAACUUGACCUCAAAGAAUGGCUUCCUCCUCAUGGGUUUUUCUGAUGACCGUAAGCUUCAGAUUGUACACGCGCUACUCUUUUUGGUAAUAUACCUGCUGGCCUUAACAGGUAACAUCCUCAUUAUUACCAUCAUUACCUUAGACCAUCAUCUGCAUUCUCCCAUGUAUUACUUUUUGAAGUACCUCUCUCUUCUGGACAUCUGCAUCAUCUCUGUCACAGUCCCACAGUCCAUUGCAAACUCACUUACAGACAAUAAUUACAUUUCCCUUGGUCAGUGUAUUCUUCAGGUUUUCUUCUUCAUAGCUCUAGCCUCAUCAGAAGUGGCAAUCCUUACAGUAAUGUCUUAUGAUCGGUACGUAGCCAUCUGUCAACCACUACAGUAUGGGACUAUUAUGAAUCCCAGUACUUGUCAGCAUUCAGUGACAGCUGUGUGGGUGGUGGGCGGCAUCUGUGGGCUCAUGCACACAGUAGUUAACUUCUCCAUUCCUCUCUGUGGGGAGAGAGUUAUUCACCAGUUCUUCUGUGAUGUUCCUCAAAUGUUGAGACUAGCCUGUUCUCAUGAAUUCAUUAAUGAAAUUGCAGUGGCUGCAUUCACAACCUUGGCAGCAUUUAUCUGUUUGAUUUCCAUUGUGUUCUCCUACAUUCGCAUCUUCUCAACAGUACUGAGAAUCCCAUCAGUAGAGAGUCAGACCAAGGUCUUCUCCACCUGCCUACCACAUGUAUUUGUAGUCACCUUCUUCCUCUCAACAGCAGGCUUUGAGUUUCUAAGGCCCCCUUCAGAUUCCCCAUCAGCUAUAGACCUCAUGUUCUCAAUAUUCUAUACUGUGGUACCUCCAACACUCAAUCCAAUUAUCUAUAGUUUGCGAAAUGAAGCCAUGAAGGCAGUGCUGAAGAAGACACUGUCAAAAGAAUUUUUUCAGAGAAAAAUGUAUUUAAAAACCAUGUUUAAACGUUAA